GUGUGGGCGGGUGUACUUUGGUAAGAAAGUUGCUUUUAUAUCAUGUUUCUCAAACAGCUUGAGUAGUCUGUCAAGACCAACGGUGGCUCCAAAAAUGCCUCGAGACACGUUGGUACCAUUUUGUACGCUGCCGUCUUUGGUAUUGAUCCUGAUGGAUCAACAUCGACGUCGACUAUCGUACAUCAAUCGACCCGUAUCUGGUAGGGAAUCGGAAAUGACUCGGUACACUCACCGCCAUAGCCGACCAAGACUCUCUUCUUGCCCAUGCUGGUGGUACGUGACAAUGUGGUUCGGCUAAAUGACGUCUACGAAAGAUAUACAAUACGAGGACUUGGCGAUGCGAGUGCUUAUACACUCAAAUCCAGUUUGAAUUCAGCUGCUAUAUACUGUGCUAUAAAGAGGGGUCGCAGUCCAGGUAGGACCGGGCAAAAUAGCUUCCUCUUUUGGCUCGCCUAUCACUUCGACCCCGCCUCUAACCAUACCCUUGCCCGAGACUGCCUCCUACCAAGCAUUUAUCGGCAAUCUAUCCAAACAUACAUAAACAGAAUCGUGUCUGAGAGAUCUCAAGCACAGAUUGUCAUUAUGCUUCAAAUCACAUGCAAAGGCUCGCCAUACGAGAUAGGAUAUCAACAUGGCCAACAAGCGAAGAACCAAAUUCAAGGCAGCAUAAACUUCUACACCAAUCUCUUUCAGCAAAACGUCAAACUGUCAUGGCCGAAAGUUCAAGAGACAGCCAUGGAAUUCGAGCCUGUGAUCAAGAAGAACUGGCCUGCGUAUCUAGAGGAGAUGAGAGGCAUAGCAGAAGGAGCCGGCAAAACACUCGCCGAUAUCAUAGCCCUAAACGUACGCACAGAGAUAAACUUUGGUCUCUUCAGCGACGGCUGCACCGCUCUAUCCUGGUUCCACAAAGACUCUAGUAUCCUUGCUCAAAACUGGGAUUGGAUGACAGAACAAAAACAAAACCUCAUCCUCCUCACCAUCGAACAACCCUCCAAACCCGUCAUAAAAAUGGUAACAGAAGCAGGUCUCAUCGGUAAAAUCGGCAUGAAUUCCGCAGGUGUAGGAGUAUGUCUAAACGCCAUUCGAGCAAAAGGCAUGUCAGCCACUCGUAUGCCCUGUCACCUCGGUUUACGCCUAGUACUAGAAAGCACCUCCUGCGCUGACGCCGUGGCAUCUUUGGAAAAAUACGGUAUAGCAUCAUCCUGCCACAUGUUGAUUGCAGAUGCAAGAGGUAGUGUAGGAUUGGAGUGGAGCUAUGCAGAUUUGCAAAAGUUGGAGGUUAAUCAAAGGGGGCAGGUGUUUCAUUCUAAUCAUUAUCUUGUUCCUCAUCCGGGGGUGACGGAUACGGUUUGGUUGGAGGAUAGCAAAUUUAGGAUCAAGAGGAUUCGGGAGAUUUGUGAUGAGUUGGGGGAUGAGCCGACGAUGGGAGAGGUUCAAGCACUUUUCAAGGAUGAGAAGAAUUAUCCUUAUGCUAUUUGCCGGGCGGAGGAGGAAGGUAACCAUUCGGGUACGCUGUUUAACAUCGUCAUGGAUCUGAAAGCGGGAAAGGCUUCGGUGAUAUUGGGAAGACCGUCGACUCCAGAGGGGCUGUAUGAGAUAGAAUUCUAGUGUAUGACUAUGCAUAUUGAGCUACUCUGGAGACGGAAUUGAGCGACCGACAACGAAGAGCAUAAGUUCGAGCUA